AGAGGCGACAUGAACCUGUUGGACACAUCAACCAUCCACGGAGACUGGGGCUGGCUCACGUAUCCGGCUCAUGGGUGGGACUCCAUCAAUGAGGUGGACGAAUCCUUCCGGCCCAUCCACACGUACCAAGUGUGCAACGUCAUGACCCCCAAUCAGAACAACUGGCUCCGCACAAACUGGGUGCCCCGAGAUGGUGCCCGGCGUGUCUACGCUGAGAUCAAGUUCACGCUGCGUGACUGCAACAGCAUUCCUGGUGUGCUGGGCACCUGCAAGGAGACCUUCAACCUCCACUACCUGGAGUCUGACCGGGACCUAGGUGCCAGCACACAAGAGAGCCAGUUCCUCAAGAUUGACACCAUCGCAGCUGAUGAGAGCUUCACGGGCGCUGACCUGGGUGUGCGGAGGCUCAAGCUGAACACGGAGGUUCGUGGUGUGGGCCCACUCAGCAAGCGUGGCUUCUACCUGGCCUUCCAGGACAUAGGCGCCUGCCUCGCCAUCCUCUCACUCCGAAUCUACUACAAGAAAUGCCCCGCCAUGGUUCGCAACCUGGCAGCCUUCUCGGAGGCAGUGACCGGGGCCGACUCGUCCUCGCUGGUAGAAGUGAGAGGCCAGUGUGUGCGGCACUCGGAGGAGCGAGACACGCCCAAGAUGUACUGCAGUGCUGAGGGCGAGUGGCUGGUCCCCAUCGGCAAGUGUGUGUGUAGCGCUGGCUACGAGGAGCGGCGGGAUGCCUGUAUGGCCUGUGAGCUGGGCUUCUACAAAUCAGCCCCCGGGGACCAGCUGUGUGCCCGAUGCCCACCCCACAGCCAUUCUGCCACCCCUGCGGCCCAGACCUGCCGUUGUGACCUCAGCUACUACCGCGCAGCCUUGGACCCACCAUCAGCAGCCUGCACCCGGCCACCCUCAGCACCAGUGAACCUGAUCUCCAGUGUGAAUGGAACGUCUGUGACCCUGGAGUGGGCCCCUCCCCUGGACCCAGGCGGCCGCAGUGACAUCACCUACAAUGCAGUAUGCCGCCGCUGCCCCUGGUCCCUGAGCCACUGUGAGGCUUGUGGGAGUGGAACCCGCUUCGUCCCACAGCAGACAAGCCUGGCACAGGCCAGCCUGCUGGUGGCCAAUCUGCUGGCCCACAUGAACUACUCCUUCUGGAUUGAGGCUGUCAACGGUGUGUCCAACCUGAGCCCCGAGCCCCGCAGCGCUGCUGUGGUCAACAUCACCACGAACCAGGCAGCCCCGUCCCAGGUGGUGGUGAUCCGGCAGGAGCGGGCAGGGCAGACCAGCGUGUCACUGCUGUGGCAGGAGCCAGAGCAGCCCAACGGAAUCAUCCUGGAAUAUGAGAUCAAGUACUACGAGAAGGAUAAGGAGAUGCAAAGCUACUCGACCCUCAAGGCCGUCACCACCCGUGCUACCGUGUCUGGCCUCAAGCCAGGCACUCGAUACGUGUUCCAGGUCCGAGCCCGCACCUCAGCAGGCUGCGGCCGCUUCAGCCAGGCCAUGGAGGUGGAGACCGGGAAACCCCGGCCCCGCUAUGACACUAGGACUAUCGUCUGGAUCUGCCUGACACUCAUCACUGGCCUGGUGGUGCUGCUCCUACUUCUCAUCUGCAAGAAGAGGCACUGCGGCUACAGCAAGGCUUUCCAAGACUCAGAUGAGGAGAAGAUGCAUUACCAGAAUGGGCAGGCACCCCCACCUGUCCUCUUGCCCUUGAAUCACCCCCCGGGGAAGUUCCCAGAAACCCAAUUCGGUGCAGAGCCUCACACCUAUGAGGAGCCAGGUCGAGCAGGCCGCAGCUUCACCCGAGAGAUCGAGGCCUCCAGGGUCCACAUUGAGAAGAUCAUAGGCUCAGGAGAAUCUGGAGAAGUGUGCUACGGGCGGCUGCAGGUGCCAGGCCAGCGGGACAUGCCCGUGGCUAUCAAGGCCCUCAAAGCUGGCUACACUGAGAGGCAGCGACAAGACUUUCUGAGCGAGGCAGCCAUCAUGGGCCAGUUUGACCAUCCCAACAUCAUCCACCUUGAGGGUGUUGUCACGCGUGGCCGCCUGGCGAUGAUCGUGACCGAGUACAUGGAGAACGGCUCUCUGGAUGCCUUCCUCAGGACCCACGAUGGGCAGUUCACCAUCGUGCAACUGGUGGGCAUGCUCAGAGGGGUGGGCGCUGGCAUGCGCUACCUCUCAGACCUGGGCUACAUCCACCGUGACCUGGCCGCUCGCAAUGUCCUGGUAGAUGGCCAUCUGGUGUGCAAGGUGUCAGACUUUGGACUCUCGAGGGCUCUGGAGGAUGACCCCGAAGCUGCCUACACCACUGCGGGAGGAAAGAUCCCCAUUCGAUGGACAGCGCCCGAGGCCAUUGCCUUCCGCACUUUCUCCUCAGCCAGCGAUGUGUGGAGUUUUGGCGUGGUCAUGUGGGAGGUGCUGGCCUAUGGUGAACGGCCCUACUGGAACAUGACCAACCAGGAUGUCAUCAGCUCAGUGGAGGAGGGUUAUAGGCUGCCAGCACCCAUGGGCUGCCCACGCGCCCUGCACCAACUUAUGCUGGACUGCUGGCACAAGGACCGUGCCCAGAGACCUCGCUUCUCUCAUGUUGUGAGCGUUCUCGAUGCCCUGAUCCACAGCCCCGAGAACCUUAGGGCCACAGCCACAGUCAGCAGGUGCCCACCCCCUGCCUUUGCCAGGAGCUGCUUUGACCUCCGAGGAGGUGGAAGCGGCAAUGGGGACCUCACUGUGGGGGAUUGGUUGGACUCCAUCCGAAUGGGCCGGUACCGGGACCACUUUGCAGCCGGCGGGUAUUCCUCCCUUGGCAUGGUGCUUCGCAUGAAUGCCCAGGAUGUGCGUGCCCUUGGCAUCACCCUCAUGGGCCAUCAGAAGAAGAUCCUGGGAAGCAUCCAGACCAUGAGGGCCCAGCUGAGCAGCACUCAGGGGCCCCGCCGGCACCUCUGACUCAUGGCCCCCG